UACUCUCUACCUGCCUCUCCUCAGACUGACAAUGGCUAAAGCCCAGCUGUUUGUAUCACAGGACGAGUUCAUCUGCUCAUUGUGUCAGGACACCCUGACUGACCCCGUCACCAUCCCCUGUGGUCAUAAUUUUUGUCUGAAGUGCUUAACCAACUACUGGGAUCAGAGCCAAGAGUGCAGCUGUCCUCAGUGCAGAGAAAACUUCAUCACAAGGCCUGAACUGAAGAGAAACACUCUGCUGAAUGAAGUCAUCAAGAAAUUAAAGAAGACAGCACUCAGUUCGCCUCCAUUUCAGAAUUAUGCUGGCCCUGGAGAUGUUAAGUGUGACUUCUGUACUGGGAAGAAGUUCAGAGCAGUAAAGUCCUGUCUAACCUGCAUGGCCUCCUAUUGUCAAACUCACCUGCAGCCUCACUAUGAAGUAGCAGCCCUGAAGCACCACAAGCUGGUUGAUCCUGAUGGAAAUCUCAGGAAGAAACUCUGUGAGAAACAUCAGAAAAGUCUGGAGAUAUUUUGUAAAACGGAUGAGACGUGUAUCUGCAUGAUGUGUGGAAUGACUGAACAUGAUGGUCAUGAAAAGGUCGAGCUGGAGACAGAAAGAGAAGAAAAACAGAAACAGCUGAGGGCGACACUGAGGGGAAUUAGGAGGAGACUUGAGAAGAAAGAGAAGAAAAUGAAGGAGAUGAGGAGGACAGCAGAACAGAUGAAGAUCUCUGUGGAAAGAGUGAUGGAGGAACAUGAGAAGAGCUUCACUGAUCUAAUACGGUGCAUUGAGGAAGCCAACAAGAAACUGACAGAGAAGAUCAGAGAACAAGAAAAGAGAGAAAUGGAGAAGGCUGAAGGAGUCAUGGAGCAACUGAAGAAGGAGAUUGAGGAGCUGAAGAGACGAGAGGCUGAGCUGAAGGAGCUUUCAGAGACCAAGGACCAUCUCCACUUCCUGCAGAAACAGCUGGGGGCGACACUGAGGGAAAUCAGGAGGAGACUUGAGAAGAAAGAGAAGAAAAUGAAGGAGAUGAGGAGGACAGUGGAGGAGAUGAAGAUAUCUGUGCAAAGAGAGAUGGAAGAAAAUGAGAAGAGCUUCACUGCUCUGAUACGGUGCAUUGAGGAAGCCCACAGGAAACUGACUGAGAGGAUCAGAGAACAAGAAAAGAGAGAAAUGGAAAAGGCUGAAGGAGUCAUGGAGCGACUAGAGAAGGAGAUCGAGCAGCUGAAGAGGAAAGAAGCUGAACUGAAGGAGCUUUCAGAGACCAAGGACCACGUCCACUUCCUGCAGACUUUCUCAUCUCGCUGUGUCCUUCCUGCUAAUGGAGACUCGCUGAGUUACACUGUCACCACUGAUUUCUCUUCUGAGGGCCUGAGAAAGGAGCUGUCAGGUCUGAAAAAGAGUCUGGAGAAGAUCAGCCAGGAGGACAUCAUGACAAGGACUCUAUCAGGAGCUCCGCACCUUAAACCAUCUGUGCUGGGCUGGCUGCUAGGACACCAGCGUGUAAAAUUGAACACGAGCGGAGGAGCCCAUACUGGCCAUGAUACAGCUCCAGGUGCGCCCAGAGUGACCACGCCUAACAGUGCUCACCCACUACGAGGCCCCACGUUCCCAUGGCAGCGCCUUCAACGCACAAACGCUCAUGACGCUCCAGUUUUCGCCCUCCAGCCUCCUGAACCUCAGAGCAGAGACGACUUUUUAAAAUACUUCUGUCCCCUCACACUGGACAUCAACACGGCACACAGAGAACUCCGUCUGUCUGAAGGGAACAAGAAGGUGACAUUUAAGGGGACAAAAGCCAAAUAUCCUGAUCAUCCUGACAGAUUUGACUGCUGGUACCAAGUUCUGUGCAGAGAGGCUCUGACUGGGACUCGCUGUUACUGGGAGGUGGAGGGCAGUGGAGACUUCAUGAGGAUUGGAGUCGCAUGUAAAGGACUGAGCAGGAAAGGAUGGGGUAAUAAGUGCGGCCUUGGAUACAACAACAAGUCCUGGUGUUUGCUGUGGUCUGAUUCCCAGUACUCUGUGCGUUACAAUAACCAACACACUGUAAUCAGCGCCCCCUACAGCCCCAGAAUAGGUGUGUAUCUGGACUGGCCUGCUGGCUCUCUGUCAUUUUAUAGCGUCUCACACACAAUGACCCUCCUGCACAGGUUCAACACCUCCUUCACUGAGCCCCUCUAUCCAGGGUUUUGUGUUGAUCCUCACUGCGGUGUAACAAUCAGCCAUCUGACACCAUGUGACCACUGACCAGUACCCUCCACUGGUCACUUGAUGUCCCCACAAGCGCAGGUCCUCUUUGUGUUUGUAGUUUGGGGUGAAAUUAAUUUUACGGGAUGGGUGGGUUUGGGGGGGCAGCAGCUCUGUGAUUGAAUUUGUGGAUGAGAAUGCGGGGCGAGUGCGGCUGUCAUGGUCUCCAUUAUUAUUGGGUUUGAGUAGCCAAUCAGGUGUGUGUGUCAUAAUGAGGGGCGGAGACACCUCAGACCUACAAAUACCAGUCUGAACAGCAGGGGUCACUGUUGAUUCACAGUCACAUGUCCUUCAGGCAGACACCCCAACAACUGCUGAGGCCCCCAAGUGUCACUGAAUGUCACCUGUUAAGUAGGACAGGCAUGUGGUCCUGCUGGAUCAGCACAACUGAAAGGCGCUAUACAGACUCAGUAUGAAGAGCUCUUGAAUAGUGACUAUAUGUAGGAGCAGAGAGUGACAGAUGGGACUGGAGUGUUGUCCACUCACCAGACAUGUUGUGACCCUCCAUUGGUCACUCAAAGGGUCCUUCACUUCAGAAUGAAUUCACUGUGAAUGUCUGAAGAUGAGGACUCACCGGUCAGUCAGAUGUCGGCCAUACUGACAGAGUUUGGUGUUUAGUUAAUGUCACAUUAAACUUUAAACUGCACCUCCUCCUUGUCCCCAGAUUUGUCACUCUUGGUACCCUGAAAGCUGUAGUGG